GCUUGAGUGAUGAUUAUAGUUGUGAAGCUGAUGUAACAUGUCUUAUAAAGAAACAAUGUGAUGGUCAACAUGAGUGUCGUGUAACUGUGGAUGACAACUUGUUCUCUGAAGAUGUAUGUUUCGGAUCAACAAAGUAUCUUUACUUUGAAUAUCAAUGUGUCAAUACAACGACGUCUUUCAAUAAAACUUGUGGUAAGUAAAGCUGGUGAUAGUGUAAAUGUUACGGUCACCAAUGAUAGCCAUGCAUGAUAAAUCGUGUGUAAGAAAAAGCUAAUAUACAUGUAAUCUUUAAUAAAGGUUUUAUCAUUCCUAUCUGCUUUCUUUCUUCAAUUUGAAGAUUUUUUAAACACACUUCAAUUGCUCAUACUUGUAUCUUAUACUGUGGUUCUUGUUAGCUCUGUUACCAAGAAAGUUAGAUGCUAUCUAACACAUUGAUAUCGUUUUUCUAGCUCUGGUACCAGAUAAACCUAGAAACCUCACGGUCACUAACAUCAAAUCUAGAAGUGCUGAAAUAUCUUGGCUGGAUCCUGAUCCUGGGAAUCCAAGGAUUCAAUUAAAUAUUACACGAUUUUGGAUCCAAGUGAAGAAAGAUGACGUACUUAUCCUCAGUGCUAACACAGGAAAGGUUUACGAAUACAAAUUAAGCGACUUCACUCCAUACACUAUGUAUGAAAUAUCCGUAGCUGCUGGAAAUCCACAUGGUUUCGGUGAAGAGACGAAUACUUGGUUUCUAACAUCUGAAGAAGGUGAGUGUUAUUGAAAGAUCAAUUUUUAAAAACUAACCUUAUAUACAACUUGAGGCAGGGCCGUAACUAGACGUGAUAAUUGGGGGGGGGGGGUGCAUGUUAAUAUUCGUGUUCUGCCAGGCGAAUUUCUCUUGAAAGCGAUUGUUUUUACGGUAUGUGAACAUGAAUAUAUGAAUAUGCUCCACCACCCACUUCCAGGGUAUCGCGUCUAGUUACGGUCCUGACUUGGGGACGUCAGUAUUUUGAGCCAAAUCAAUGAACCUAGGCUGCUCGCAGCCCGAAAUUUGGUUCAAAAGCAAAUGAAGGCUACAAUGGACCCUGAAAAACACCAAUAUUUUGUUGUUAUUUUUCCAGUUGUUUUUCCUCCAGGACAAUGUUAUCAACAAUAUCCUUGUCUUUUGUAAACCUUGUCUUUUGUAUGUCUGGAUACUACUCACAGCUAGUUUUCUUUAAGUGUUAAUAUUUCUAUUAAAAUGUUUUCUAAGUUUCUUUUAGAGAAAUAGUAGUUCGAAUUUAGCUACAAUAGCUACAAUUUUAUACUCUAGUUCCAAGCGGUCCUCCAUUGAACAUCAAAACCACAUCAAGAAGUGCAUCAUCAUUGUCUUUCACCUGGGAUCCUCCUGAGAAAGAUAAACAAAAUGGCGUCAUUAUCAGUUAUACUGCGUGUGUUUCACAUUCAGAAAAUGGCCAUUGCUUUCAGAUAUUUACAACCAAUAAAAGAGAAUGGGUUAUCAGACAUUUGACAGCAUCAAUAAAAUAUUACGUGCGUAUUCUUGCAAAUACAAAGGUUGGUCAUGGAAACUACAGUGAAAGUAGAGGAUUUUUUACAAAUGGAAGUAAGUAGAACAUAUAUAUAUAUAUUUGGACUUUGUCUGUGGUUACCAGAAUUUCUUUUCAGAAUUUCAUGUUUCGCUGCUUUUACGCUUGUCAGUAGUACGGUCUCCUAAGCUCUAUUAUAGAACAGACACUUCCUGGGUUUGCUUGAGCGGGCUUGCUUGCAUGACCAUGCCAUGGGACAAGAUGGCCAAAUGACUUAAAUAAUAUUAAAUACGAUCACAUUGUCUGCCUCGAGUUCAAGUGUGUGUGCACUUAUGGAAAUUUGGGAAGAGUCUGUUCUUAAUCAAACUUCUGCAUGUGUGCUUAGAUACAAACUGACAACCCUACACAGAUCUCCGCUCUGCAUGGCAAACAUUUUAACUUAAUAUAUCCACAUUUUCCAACAGAAGCAGCAGAGAAGGCCAUCGCUGAAACAUCAAGUACAGUUACAUUUUCAUUGCAAAUACCAUCAAAAACGUUUGCGUAAGUUUAUUGUCUUUCUGCUGGUAUAAAUAUCUACGCCGAUAAUACAAUAAGCUGCAGUGUUUGCUUGGGUCUAAAUUACCAGAAAAUAAUUAAAAACUGGUAGAUCUGACCCACAUCUUUGGAAUAUUGUCGGUAUACAGUUAACUGCAACGUUCACACUGUAAUGAAAAUAUUGUUUCUGUCUUUAGUUAUUUCUACGUGGUGGCUUUGAAAUUAAAAGACGGCAAAGAACCUACAUCAUCUGGCAGUUACGAAAACAGUGAGUUCGUGACGUAUGCCGAGGCAAGAAAAUCAACCAAUUCGAAACCUUAUAUCGCUGCAGUUGUUACAUCCAGUGGUGUUGAUAGGAAAAUGUUUGUACUUGGUGAUGGUAGAAAUACAAGUGAUCCCACAUCACGAAGACGAAGGUCAACCUCAAGUGGUUAUUAUAAUGGUCCGUUGGAGCCUGGCAGUAGUUAUAGUAUUUUUCAAAGAAUUGUACUCAGUGACAAGGUGUGGUAUUUCUUUGUUAUCACACUUUAGAAUUUAUCACACUUCACUAUAAAUUUCAUACAUUUAGCCAGGGUAAUUUCGGCCAUACACUUAAAGCGGGAAGUUUCAAAAGCAUUUUCAUACAGAUACCAAACAUGGUUGGAACAAAAGGUAGUCCACAUCAAAUAUACGAUCACAGAAUAAGGCACACAGAAGGUCGACUCGAGUAACCGCUGCCACACCAUGAUUCGUCAUCAAAAUGCUGACGCCAUGGUCCUAGCCAGCGCGUUUGAGAGACAUCCCCCCUGGACGUCCACCAUUUUGAAUAUUAUCAGGGGUGUGAAUGCCUCUCAAACGCCCACUGGCUAGGACCAUGGCGUCAGUAUUUGAUGACGAAUUACGGGUUACGCCAAAAUCAUAGGAAAAUCAUAGGAAAAACCAAGAAGUCGGCCUUCUGUGUACAUUAUUCUCUGAUACGGUCAUCACGUUAUGACAUCAUCUAUUUAUGAAUCAAUUAAGAGGUAAACAUAUUGUCACCUUCUUUGCUAUAUAGGUUGAAUAUUACUCCACAGACUGGAGUCCUGCUUCGAAGACAAGCGAAUAUGCAGGUACUUGUUUUCUAGCCGACUAAAAGUACAUUAAUACAGUGAACAGGCACGAAACUAGGGAUGUAACACUCCCCAUUCUCCAUCUUGUCGGGCAAAUUUUUCAAUUUCCUAGGGCAAAUUUUGAAAAUACAUGUAUUUGAGUUCCUCGGAUUGAAAAGUGAUGGUUGUAGGAAAUUUUUUGAUAAAUUUACGAAAAUAUUACUGAAAAAGUUUACAAAUUAAGGUAAUUAUUCAGUGAAAGUUAGUGAAAAAUGCUAUGUCCAGAUAUUUUUUUACCACCACCCCCCCUCCCCCCGCUCGCCAACAAUUUUGGGAAAAUAAAAAAUCAUUGAUUAGCGACUGGAAUGUUCGUCCAUCGGAAACGAUUUCGGCCACGCCCUUUUGGUCGGGAAAAACAAGCUCAUCUCUCCCCCCAGCCGUAAUACCGAAGUUUCGCCCCCCUGACAGUGAAAAUAUGUUGCUUGUCAGAAUAUUCAAAUAUUUCUUGGUUUUGUUUCCCAGGUAGCCCGAGUAUAUUGAUAAAGACGUCCAGCGGUGACAUAAAGGCACAGGAAGGUGAUCUUGUCAACCUACUGUGUUCUGCUCAAGGUGAACCUCCAGUAAGUUUCAGCUGGAAAAAAGACAAGAAACCACUGGAAAGUUUUAUGGAAAAGGACAAGCCCCAUCACAGUUCUUUACUUGUUGUAACAGUGAAAGAUCAAACAAGUUUCGGAAAAUAUACUUGUCAUAUCCGAGAUCGCUUUGAAAGCACCACGUAUACAAUGUCGGUCCUAAAAGAUACCUGUAUAGGUAAUCCUACUUCAGGUAAUGAUGAUUUAACUUUUAUAUGUUUUACAUCUAAACAAAAAGAAGUUGCAAAAUUUGGAAAUUGUUUUUUCUUCGAGUUUAUUGUGAGUUCUAUAAUUAAAUUAUAAGCCCGAGCUCAUACUAACCAGGUAUAAUAUCAAGCAUGCUUUGCUCGCUGCUCUGGUUAAACUAAAUGAGUGGAAUUCCUGAUAAUUUGUUCAAGAUUACAUAGGUCUGCACACAUUUGCUUAAAAUUAAACAAGAGUAGCGAGCGAAAUUUUUUAACAUAUGCAUGCACUAUGCCGAUACAUUUUAAUAUUUUUGAUCAUUUCAAGUUCCAGGCACGGACAAAAAUGAUGAUGGUUCUGAAAUCUAUCUUGUUGGAAUUAUAAUAUUAGCAAUUCUGCUGAAUAUUUUAGUCUUUAUUUUUAUCUGUCAAAAUCGUCGUCUCAAGUCAAAGGCAAAUUUAGAGAACAAGACCCAUAGCAGAAAUAAUUCAAACGAUACGUAUCAUUAUGCUGACAAAGACGAUGGCAGUUUUCAAGACGUGAAAAAUGAACAGCCGACGUCUACAGCUCUCGAAAGGCUUGGGGAAGAAGAAAAUGCUGAUCAUGUAUAUAGUCAGUUAAAUGAAGUACAGAAUGACCACGUACAGCUAGAGGAGGAAACUGGAAUGUGAUAUAUUCUUAGUGAACAUUAAGCCAAGGAAACUGACGUUUAAUGCUCCAAGACACUCAAUGUUUUGGUUCUGUAUUCAACAGUCAUAUAAUUUUAUAAAAAACCUCGAAUAGUUUGACGUAUAUAACCAUGGAUAAUAGCUUAAACCUUGAACAACAUAUAGAGUUAUUAAUCAAAGUUCCAAAGAAUAAUCAAGUGAGCUCUCCCAACGACAAUAUAUCUUUCUAAUAUGUUAACAUCUCUAAUAUUAAAAACCACUCUAUAAUCCAGACACUUUCUAAUAGGAAUAACUUCCUGUGUUAGUUCUCAUAUAUUCUCUUUUUAAUCUUUUUAAUGUUAUUAUAGGGUUGCUUCAUUCCUCCGCCUCAACAAACAACAUCGGUAAGAAGGCAGAGGGGGGAGUCCAUGCAUAAACGCUGCCUAACAAUAAACGAGUGAAAUAAUAAAAAAAUCUUAAAAAAUCAUAAU